AAGAUGUGAAGGAGGGAGGACGCGUCCGAGCGACUCUCCGUGAAUUUGACACUCAAAUUGUAUAAAAACCACAUAUUGUGAGGAAAUUCGAGUUGAAAGGAGAACAUAAGUGAUUAUAGGCACACUAUGGCUUCGCGGGGCGGCAAAACUCCACAGCAGGGGAUAAAGGCGCACUUUACUCGGCAUAGUAAAACUACCACUACAAACAGUGGGACUAGCUUAGCCUCUCCAGCUAGUAGCUCUGUAGCUGCUAAAGAGGCUAAUGCUGGUAGCAUGACCGCAGCCAGCCUACCCCCAGAAAUGGAGAGCCUACACCGACUCAUGACCGCAUCAAUGGAGAAUAUAAUAGCUCCGCUGAAGAGGACCAUGGAUGAAGUGAAGAUAAUUGUGGAGGAUCAAGGCAAAAGGAUCGUCGACUUGGAAGAAAACGCAACGCAGCUAACUGAACGAGUCACCGCUCUUGAGGCUAUAUGUGAGCAGCUCUUGACCCAGAACGAGUCACUGAACGAACGCAUGGAAGACGCCUCUAACAGGUCUAGACGCUGCAACCUGCGCGUCACGAACGUACUACCGAGUCCUGGGGAAAGGAACGACUGUGUUCAAUUCAUGCAAAACUUUUUUGCCACAGUACUUGGGGACGUGUUCACCGAGCCACCCAUACUAGACAGAGCGCACAGGAUCGGACAAGAUGCGUGCACUACGGGCAGACAGGAGCCUGCUACAAUGGAAGGGACAGAAAAUUAUGCUCUAUCCAGAUUAUGCGCCAGCUACUGUGAAACUUCGUGCCACAUUCACCAAGCCAGACUCCCGGACAUGGAGAGAAACACAACUACCAAACCAGCGAGAAGAGGGCGCGCCACCACCCAGGAGAGAGGCGACACCGGCCGGGAGAGAGAGGAGGAGAACGGCGCUGGACUAGGCAACGAAGAGGAUGGAACGCACGGGAAGAACGGUCCGGGAGGAGAGGACGAGGCGAUGGGAGGCAUCAGCGUGGAAGGAGAAUAUAACGACGAGGUGAACGACGGCGAAGAAGAAGACGGCGGCAGCGGCAGCGAGUCCGGAGACAACAUGGGGGCUCUGGACGAGAAUGACGGUACUGAGUAGCAUUGAUCCGAGAAAUGGGGUAAGAACACCACUACAACUGACACUUAUGUAAAUAGACACAUCCACGGUUGCCUGCCAAGGAAAUGGACACAUUGAAGGGAAUAGACUGAUGGGAAACGGACAGAGAUUUACUUUCUUUUGGACUUUUGCAAGAACUUGGGACUCACGGGGGGGAGGGGGAUGGUCAGGGGAAAUAAGGGAAACGCUGGUAUGGUUUAUUGGUUUAGUCUAUGUUUGAACUCUCAUUCUAUAAGAUAUUAGAUCUGGAAUCAGAUAGAAUACAAACCUUUUUUUUUGUUUUGUUCUGUUUGUGUGUGUGUGUGUGUAUGUGGGUGUGUGUGUGUGUGGGUGUGUGCGUGUGUGUGUAUCCAUUCAUACAUAUGUGUGUGGGUGCGUGCGUGAGUAUCCACAUCAGGACAUGGAUCGUGUGUGGGUGCUUUUGUGGGAAUGUGGGCAAGUUCGCAUGUUUUUGUAUGCAUAUGUAUGUGUGAAUGGGAUUUUACGUGGGUAUCUGAUAAACAUUUAGAAGCACUACAUGUUUGUAAUGAUCCUUUAUGUAUUUUACUGUAAACCUUUUUUAUUUAUAUUUUCCACGGAGGGAGAGAGGAAAGAUGACGGUAUAAGGGAGAAUGUAUAAUAUUUAAGGGACUAAAUUGGUUGAACAUUGGAUAUCAUACAGGCGACAAAACAUUAUGGAACCUGAUCUGUACAGGGUUCAACUUGAAUAUCUUUUCAUACUCUUGUGUACUAAAAGAGGGAUUUGGAAGGCAUUUCCCCUUCGUCUC